GAAGCACCUUUGCCUUGCGUCGCAUAAAAAUAAAAAUUCUUUAAUUUAAUAAAAUUGUUUAAAAAUCACUAUGGAAGGGCCGAUGUUACAUUCUGUUAGCACAGAUAAUGCUAAUCCCACUGCGUGCACAACGUCCUUGAAUUCCAUUGUGACUGUAUUAACACCUACGACUGCAAUGCCCACAAAAGUAGGCGGGUCCUCAGCCACAACAAAUGUUACAAUUACAACAACAACAACAACAACAGAACCAUCAGUCACUGGGGUUUUACCAACAAAGCCCUUGCCGACUUUGCCUGUUAGAAAACCAAUUCAGAAUCUUCCCAUUGAGCUUCAAAACGAUCAAAAGCGUAGAAGUUCUUCCCGCACAAUCAAGCGAAAGCGAUUUGAUGAUGAAAUUGUCGAGUAUAAUGUGACAAUACCGACAAAUCGCAGUGGAGCUGAUGCUCAUCGUCACAAUCGCCCAAGAAAUUCAUUUCCAAAUUUUCCAGGAAUUUUAGGAACAACUAGUUCAGUUGGCCCACUGCCCAUUGUCGCACACCCGGAGACCGCCCUGACACCAGGCUCGGCAGAAAUCCUUUUGCCUGGCACUCCCACUCAGGUAGCAGCAUCUUCAACUUUUAUACCAGCUUCACCCUCAACUGGAGCAACGCCCAAUCAACCUACAUUACCGAUCGCAGCUGCUAAAACCGUAUCGCAUCCAAAGGCUACAAUGGAUCGAGCUCCGACCGCUGAGCGUCGACCACGGCCAGUGCGUUCGGCAAAUAAGAAGUCCCAGCGUCGCCGCCCAGUCGGUCCGAUGGCCACAAAGGAUCUAGGCCGAUGGAAGCCUAUUGAUGAUCUAGCUCUUAUUAUUGGUGUACAACAAACAAAUGAUUUGCGUAUGAUUCAUCGGGGAGUGAAGUUCUCUUGCAAGUUUACAUUGCAAGAACUGCAGCAGCGUUGGUAUGCCCUGCUGUACGAGCCAGCCGUAUCCCGUAUAGCUGUCUCUGCCAUGCGAAAUCUACACCCAGAACUGGUAGAAUCCGUACAACGCAAGGCCUUGUACAGUGUGCAAGAGGAGGACCUGUUGGGCACCAUCAAGAGCACGGAAACUCCGAAAUUGGAACAAUUUCAAGAGCUGCUGAGCAAAAAUGCGUCGGUUUUCUAUUGGGCUCGCACUGGCAAAUCUCUUCAAAAUCAUUGGCUUCUUCUUAAGCAGUAUAGCCUGUUGCCCGAUCAAAGCGUGAAAUCGUACAAUGGAACAGAGCCGUUGACCUUCUCGGAUGCCGAGGAACAAAUUUUCGAUCAUGAUCUUCAAGAAGCACACGAUGAGGCUGUGGAUAUUGAGUCUGGUCUUGCAGAUCGUCGUAAAAAACGUGACAUUCGUUGCUUAGAAAACGAGCUCUCUCGUUGGGGCGUUCUUGUGGACUCUGUUCUGGGACCGACUGCAGCAUCAGAGUUUGAUAAUCAAACCCUGGCAUGUUUAUGUGGGAGAAAUGUACGCUAUUUGAUGCGGUCUAAGGAGAUUUCUUUUGGUCGUGAUGCCAAAGACUACGUGGUGGAUGUAGAUCUAAGUCUAGAGGGUCCAGCGGCGAAAAUUUCCCGUCGUCAGGGCACCAUCAAAUUGCGGAGUAAUGGCGACUUCUUUAUCGCUAAUGAGGGUAAGAGGGCGAUCUUCAUCGAUAGUAAUCCGAUUUUGAGUGGCCACAAGGCACGGCUUGCUCAUAAUUGUACUGUGGAGAUGUCUGGACUGCGAUUCACCUUCUUGGUCAACUAUGACCUUAUAAACGCAAUACGGCAGGAGAACGCAAAAACAUCGAAUCCCUUAAAUUAGUUUAUAAUGGUAAAAGAGGUUUAUUUUGGACCUGCUGAUAUAUAAAUUAUUCAAUGUUUUUAAUUAAAAAUUAGCAGAACACGUUCCAAAAAUAAACAACAACAACAAACGCUAAA